AUGGGCAUGUUCGGCCUCUGGUCGUCUGAGGACGACAAGCGCAAGGACGAGGUGCGCACAGGCGCGAGAGCCCCCGACCGCACCGAGAGGAAACAGUGCUGGGACGCCCGCGACACCUUCUACAGGUGCCUCGACAAGCACGACGUCAUCGACUCGCUGACCGGCGAGGGGAAGAAGACGGCCGACAAGCAUUGCGCCAACGAGGACAAGGCCUUUCACGACAACUGCGCUACCGCAUGGGUCACGUACUUUAAGAAAUAUCGCGUUGCCGAUUACCAGAAGAAGAUGACCUUCGAGAGGCUGCAGAAAGAAGGUGCCAACAAGGUCGGCAUGCAGGGCUCGGCCGACUUGCCUGGCGGCCCCGGAGGCUCGGUCGUUCGAUAA